CGGGGCAGGGUGCUCGGUUCGGGGUGCGGGGCAGGGUGCCCUGCGGGCGCGGCCCCGCCGCCGAGCAUCCUGCGGGGCCGGGCGGGGACCGGCCACCCCCGUGCCAGCCCCCCCGGGCCCAUCGGUGCCAUGAGCCGGGCGUUCUCUGCGCGGCAUCAGCGGCUUCAGCCACUCCCGCACGCUCCUCAGCCCCUCCUGCUCGCCCAGCCUUCCCCGAACUGGUGUGACUGGUCCUGGGUGUCGCAGGUGUCUGUGGAGCCCCGCUGGCUGUCCCCCAGGGGUGCUCACAUCACCCGGCUCGGAUGGAAGAGGUUUUGAUGUGGCCGUGCACCUGCCGCUUCCUCGCCCAGAUCUUGGGGUUCCCGGCCGGGAGCCUCGAGGCUCUUGCUGGGCAGAGGUCGCUGGAAGCGGCAGCAGCGCCAUGGGAGGGGACGAUGACCCGGCCCCGGUCCUUCCCCCAUUGGUGGCUUUGGCAAUCCGCAGCUGUGACUCAGGGUGCGGUGUUAUCUUGAGGCUCCAGGGUGGCACCUGAGUCGCGUCGGUGACCUGAGGAUGGGGACAUCGGCUCGUGACGCGGGUGGGGAGGGCUGGGGGUGUCUGAUCAGGGUGACGGAACGUGUCCCUCUCCCGCUACCUGCCCGGGCUUGCCUGGACAUGCUGGGACUUGCCUGGCAGUGAGGUCACCCUUGUCUGUGUGCUCAGACUGCCCGGAGAUAGGAAGCUGGAUUUCUAUUUUUACUCGGGGAUGCUGAGUCUGAGCACAGGGUGCCCACGGGGGUGGCCCCAGGAACUGAACGUGGCCCCCCAGCCCCGGGCUGGGCACUCCCUACUGCCCACUGGCACACCGUGCAGUGCCAGGCCGUAACAGGAUCGUUGAAUCAUUAAGGUUGGGAAAGACCUCCAAGAUCCUCAAGUCCAGCCACUGAUCAAUCCUCACCUGGUAAACUGGACCAGAGCUCUGAGUACCACAUCCAGUCAUUCCUUGCUUCAAGGAGUGGAAUAUGGGGAAAACAGCAUGGCACAGGCAAUCCAGAGGGGCUGCAGGUGCUGAAUUUGAGGUGAAAUCUUCCCUGCAGGAGGCUGAGAACUCACUUCUUGGGGAAGUUUGGGGAUGGGGAGGAUCUUUUGUGGCCUGGCUUUGGGAGUCCCAGAUUAGGUGGGAAAUGGGAGCUAUGAAUCUUCCUUUUUAAAGCUGAUUUAACAAGUGUGGCUGUCCCCACAGGAGCAAGCCUUAGCUCUGAAUACUCAAAUCCCAGAGCAGUGCUGACUCUUAUCAGCUGGACUCAAUGAUCUCAGAGGUGUUUUCCAACCUUAACAAUUCUGAUUCUGGUUCCUCAUAAGUGGGGGUUUAGUGUCCCCACACGUGUGUCAGGGGAAGGACUGCUUGGAUGGAAAGGCUUUGUCAUUUACUGGGAAGGUCAAGGCUUUUGGCACCGAUUUGAAAAAAAACAAACAAGGUCUUGUUUCUGGUUACCCAAGAGCUCCUUGCAGAUAAGGAGGGUGGUUAACAAAGUGGUCAAGCUUGCGGCAUGUUCUUGCAGUUGCUUGAAGGUUUCCUUACCACCAGGUCUGGGUUCUUGAGAUGAAGAAACUGGCCAGAAAAACAUCCUGUUGCUUCAUUUGCCCGUGUGCCAACUUGCCCUUGCCUGCAUGGAAGUGGGAAUGAGCAGCCGCCACGAUGCCGCUGUCCCAGAGCAGGGCUGGGCAGACCCCGUGCAGCAGCAAGGUGUGCAGGAACCUCUUUGGCCCCGUGGACCACGAGCAGCUCCAGCAUGACUUUGAGGACAAGAUAAGACAGCAGCUGGAAGAAGCUCAGCAGCGCUGGAACUUCGACUUUGAGACAGAGACUCCCUUGGAAGGGCCAUUCAAGUGGGAGAGGAUCCUCGUGGCUGAGCAGCCGCCUCAGGAGGUUCACAGCCUGGUCAGGGCUGUCACCAGCAGUGACAGCAGGAGCUCCUUGGCCCACAGGGUCCCCCCCAAGGACCGUGUUGGCAGGAUUUGCCCCGAGGAGUCUCAGCAGAGCUCGAAGGCUUACAAGGCUGGUUCCUCGCAGAGCUUGAAACGUGGGCAGACCACGAUCAAAGACUUCUACAGUGCCAAGCGGAGGAUCGUCCCUGCGCGGCCCCGGCCAUGACUCGCUGGGGCAGCUGCCAACGCCGGGGGGACGUGGCUCCCCCAGCCUGUGCUGUGCUAUCUGUACAAAGCAAUGUAGAGUCUUUAGUUCCCUAUUUAUGAGUAGUUCUGGGGUCCUGAGGGACCUUCACUGUGUGCAAUGUAGAGGAGGAGCCCCAUGGCGGGGCUGGAGGAGGACUGAGAUGGGCCUGGUGGGAUAAAGGCACUGCUCUGCCUGCAGAAGCGUGUCCUCUGCCCUGUGCUUGUGGGUCCAAACACCGUCCUUGUGCCAUCCUGCUGCCCAGCUGUGCUCCAUCCCCUGCUUAGGGGCUGGUCCUAGGGGGACACUUGUGUCCCAACCACCUGGUGGCACCAGAUACCUUCAAGAAAAGUCACUGGUGUGGAUUGUAGAGCCCUGGGACACCCUGGCUGCUGGCACAUGGGGGUGGCCCUGUGCCCCAGCAGGAUGGACCCGAGCACUUGUCUGUGUGUGGGAGCAGGGUGACGUGGAGGCUGCUCCUUCCAGGGCUCUGGGGAGAGGAAGCUGUUCCCUGGACAGCCCUUCCUUGGAGUGACUCACCAGGAACAGCCACCGGGGGACCAGCACUGCCCCUGGGAGACUUUGGGAUCCUCUGCACUCUGCUGGCCCCAAACCCCACUUGUUGGCUUGUUGAGUGGUGCUGCCUGUGCCCACAUCCCUGCCUCCCUCAACACUGACACCAGGCUGGGGAGCCCCUGCUCUGGCUCUGUUGGGCUCCUCUAGGAAGAAGUCCUGCUCAGCAGCAAGGAUGAUGUUGAAACAAGGAAUUGUAGCUUGUGUUCCUGGACUUUUUCUUCUUUGGGGUUGGUGGGAAGAGGACCUCACCUGGCGCUACUCUGGCACCAGGGGAUGGCCUGGAGCAGAGGCUGCUCAGUUCCAGCACUGAAGGAUGAGUCUCGGCACUUUCAUGGGGUUCAUCUCCUGCUCUGCUGGAUUUGGACUCGGGAAAUUGGUGCAAGAUGGUCCCAAGAAGGAAAGGGACAGGGUUGAUCUCCCACCUUGCACCACGAUGCACUUUGCUGUCGGUGAAGCUGCCAAGCUCCCAGCACUAAAUGUUUAUUUAUAUUUAAAAUAAUGCUAUUAAGUGUAUGUGGGGAAAGGGGAAAUACCUGUUUGUCUGUAAGUGUUAACUCUGAAUAAACACCUGUGCAAAGGA